AUGGCCGUCAAACCAAUUGUUGGCAUUCUUCGCCGAAACCUCAUCCUCGACCUGGGUAUCGCACUUGGUCUCGGAUUUGCCAUGGGCAACGUCUACUGGCACGGCUUCCACAUGCCCCGCACCAAUGCCCGCGACGACUACUACAAGAAGCUCGAGGACGAGCGCGCAUCUCGCCAGGGUUAA